GUCGUACAACGGCAGCAUCUAACACCAGUCGCAAGUCGCGGAGUGGGCGCCCGAUCUCGUCGAGAAACACUCCAAACAGAAGCAACCAGACAACAACAAAAAACUACAACCUUUAUCUCGCCUUACUCAAGUGAUCUUACAAGAUGUUCAGCCGUCAACAGCUAAUGCUCAUCUGCCUGGGUCUGGGAGUCCUUGGCUGCCUCUCGCUGCCCAUUGAGAAGCCUGCGGACAUCGAGGAGGAUGUGAUCAGCAUAGACAAUCAGCCGCAAAAAGUGAUACGUGUGCAUCCGCAGGACCUGCCCUCGAAGAAGGAUCACACCGGCGCCAAUAUGAACUCGUCCCUCUUCCAGAUUCAGACCCUGCGACCGGUCACGAGCACCGGCAAUCGGAAGUACGUGGACUCGAAGCAGAUGCGGAUGCGCAUGAGGAAGCGUCGCCCCAGGCCGGCCACUGACGGUGAAGACUCGUCGCAGCCCAUCCAAGCCUUGAAACAAAAAGAACUAAAAGCCUUUCCCAAGCAGAAAACGAAGCAACAGAAGCAACUAAAGUUCAUCCCCCCCCAAACAGACGCUGAGGAGUAUCUGAAUGGGGACAUGGACAUGGACACGCUGAAGGACAUGGCGAGCCAGUUGCUGCCCGUGCAGAUGACACCCGGCCCGUAUCCCGUCUACUACGUGGUGUCCAAGACCAACGGCCGCUUCGGCAAAUUCCCCAUCAAGGCCUUCGGCUCCCCGGCGGAGUUCUCCAAGUAUCUGGUCAAAAGCAAGGCGGAGCCCAUCAGCCGGCACCAGCGCUUCGAGGGCUACGUCCGGCGCUGAUCUUGUGAUCUUUUUUGCCUAGUUAAAUUAUAAAUUAUGUAUAAAUUAUUACCUCAAAAGUAAUCACACAAUAAUUGUAAUCCUACUCAUAAACAUAUUCAUAAUUAUGUAUGUAUUUCGAAUUUCGGCUUUCGGCUAAUUGCCGCAAUAAACUCUUACCUGUGCUUAAACUUAA